AUCCACGUUUUAUGUUAAACAUUUUAAAGCCGGCGGUAGUUAGCUUUUAUAUUCGUUCAGAAACUGAGGAAAAAUAAUAAAAGUUGCAGUUCUAAGAUGGCCGGAGCUGAACCUGGUUGUAAGAAUCAAAGAUGGUCUCUUCGGGGUAUGACAGCACUUGUAACUGGUGGGACAAGAGAUUUGCUGUGGUGGAAGAACUAGCUGCACUUGGGGCAGCAGUUCAUACAUGUUCCAGGAACCAAAGCGAGCUUACUGAAAGGUUGAAAGAAUGGCAGAGUAAGGGGUUUAAAUUGAGUGGUUCUGUGUGUGAUCUCUCUUCUAGAGAGCAAAGAGAGAAGCUUAUGGAGACCGUCUCCUCAGUUUUCAACGGAAAGCUCAACAUCCUUGUCAAUAAUGCAGGAAUCACGAGGAUUAAACCUUGCGUGGAACAAAGUCUGGAAGACUACAAAACCGUGAUGAGUACUAACGUUGAGGCUCCUUAUCAUCUUUCUCAACUCUCAUAUCCCUUCCUAAAAGCAUCAGGAAAUGGAAGCAUUGUGUUUAUCUCUUCUGUAGCUGGUUCAAUGGCUCUACCUGGAUUAUCUGCCUAUUCAGCAUCUAAAGGAGCAAUCAACCAAAUUACAAAGAAUUUAGCAUGCGAGUGGGCAAAGGAUAACAUUCGUACCAACAAUGUUUCACCCUGGGGUGUGAAAACCAAGAUGGCAGAACAAAAUAUAAACGCACCAUUAGCUGGGGAACUUUUUAGGCUAAUAGCAGGGACAGCAAUGCCGAGAAUGGCAGAACCGGAGGAGAUAUCAUCAUUAGUAGCAUUCCUUUGCCUUCCUGCUGCUUCAUACAUAACUGGACAAGUUAUUUCAGUGGAUGGAGGGUAUACUGCGGGAGGCUGUUGGCCAUUUCAUAAUUUUAGCUUUGAUCUAUUUAGCCACUUAAAUUCCUAGUAAGCUUGGAGAUAUCAGCUCGUGAAAUACGAACUUUGUCCAAAUCUAUUCAACAAGGGAAUGAGCAUUUCCUUACGUGGAUUAUAAAGAUGCUUUUUAACAUUUAAGACUCCGUAUUCUCUGCUUGAUAUGGUUAUGUAUUGAGUGGAACUUUUUAUGCAGCAAA